CAGACCGCGAUAUUAAAGUGGAUGGACGCUUUAGAUUAAAACACAAAUACCUUUGGGCUACCUAGGAACAGACGACUUUGGUGUUACCCAAAAUAAGGUAACAAAAAUUGCAUUGGAAUUCAAAGAUAACCGGACAUCUUCGUUUGCCGUUAUCAUAGAUGAAAGAUGGAUAAGGUUUAUAGGUAUUGUGCCUUUAUCGAGCAACUGUUGGCAGCAAAUGCUUAUUAAUUUAGUAGAUUUGGUAUAUUUAUUCAGAUGAAGAAUCAACAGACCAUUUGAAGAAUAAAUUCAGCCUAAAAUUAAAUCCUCAUCUUACGUCAUCGUGAGAUGAACGAAUAUGCUGCCAUUUUGGGGGCUCGAUUAGCCCACGAAAGAGGUUUAAAUAAAUCGCGCGAGGGCUCCACGCAAAGCAAUAUGGUGGACGAAUUCAAGCAAUGGUGCAGAAAUGAACUUUCAAAAUUGCUUAGCACGGAUGUUGGACGCGAAUUUUCUGAAUACUUGUUCUCGAUUGAAAGCACACCAGAUGUGGAAGAGUAUUUGUUUCAAUUACUGGAUAAAGAUGACGUGAAAGUGCAGCAAUUCGUGAAACAACUGCUCCUCAAUUGGCAUAUCUUAGGAAGGAAAAAGCAAAACGAAAAACGAAUUGAUAAGCCAAAGAAGAAUGGCUCUCAAAAUUCUGGAUCUGGUAAUGAAAUACAGAAGCAAACAGUUGUGACGAAAGGGGAGCAAUCUCCAGUGAAGAAGAAAUCAUCACAUUUCAUCGCGCUCUACAGUGAUGAAGGACAAGCAAGAAGCAGCGUGCGUUUGCCAGGACGACAUCCAUGUGAAUGUUUAGGGCAGAAACAUAGUCUGGUUAACAACUGUCUACAGUGUGGAAGAAUUGUUUGUGAACAAGAAGGUUCUGGUCCAUGUUAUUUUUGUGGUGAGGUAGUUUGCACAGCUGAAGAAAGGGAAGUACUGGCAAAGAAUUCAAAACGGGGUCAAAAGCUGAAAGAAAAGUUGUUGGAAAGCUGGAAUGCAAAAGCAAGUGAAGAUGAGGAGUUAAAACGUCGUAAAGCAACUGAACUCAAGGACAGAUUACUGGAAUAUGAUAGGACAAGUGUUCGUCGUACGAAGGUCAUCGACGACGAGUCCGAUUAUUUUGCGUCGGAUUCAAAAUGGCUCAGCAAGAAAGAGCGCAAAAUUUUGAAAGAAAAGGAGGACAAGCUACAAAAACUGAAGCACGGUUCGAGACGAGACAAGAAGGUUACGUUAGAUUUUGCUGGCAGGAAAAUUAUCGAAGAGAAACCGACGGAGGAAAUAAACGAAUUAUACAAGUCUGCGGAAGAGUUUCACGAUUCGAGCCUUGCCAACAAUCACGGAUCAAAUCAUCCAAAAUACGUCGCUGAACCACCCCUGUAUGUUGAGGAUGACCCGCCAUUGUCUGGGAGAAAAGAAAAAGCAAAAAAAACGAAGGUUAAAGAAUCGUCACGAAUGCUUGAAUAACAGGACAAAGAAUUGUUGGAAAUGACCGAUGAAGGAAAGUGCCUGAGCAUGCACCAACCGUGGGCUUCUCUACUGGUCUGCGGAAUCAAAAAGGCAGAGGGUCGCAGUUGGUACACGACUCACCGAGGUAGACUGUGGAUCGCUGCUACGGCAAAACAGCCCAAUCAAGAGGAAAUCAAACAGAUGGAAGCAUUUUAUAAAGCCCUAGGAGAAAAGUCUCGCUUCCCGGAGUUUUACCCCUCUGCAUGUCUCCUGGGCUGUAUUGAUGUGGUGGAGUGCCUGACUCAACAAGAAUAUAACGAACAGUUUCCCGACGGAGAGGAAUCCUCGUCCGCAUUUGUUUUCAUUCCUGAAAAUCCGCGCGAACUUGUUGUCAAAUUUCCUGUGAAAGGCCAGCACAAAAUAUGGAAACUGGACAAACAUAUUCAUCAGGCCGCCCGGAAGGGGAUUACGUGACCGCAACAAACUAUUAUCAUAAAGGGUUAUUGAUAAAUGAUAAAAGAUUAGUUAUUACAAAUUGAAAUUUUGUAUCAGGUUUAUUAAAAUAUCUGACUUGA